AUGGCAACUGCUUCUCACAUGUCUCUCCUCCUCCUCCUCGCCCUUGUCGCACUCACACCUUCCACCUCUGCAUCCCGAAACGUAAACUUAAACGCAAACUUACACCUACUUCUCCAACUACAUGGAUUUCCGCCCGGCCUUAUACCUGAUCCCAUCGAAAGCUUCACUAUAUCCCCCGUAGGCUUUUUGCCACCCACCUUCGACUUCACCGUGCGCUUUAAGAAACCAUGUUACGUACAGUACGUAUACCUCAAUUACUUCGCCCCGGUGUUUACUGGAAGGAUCACCUACGGUAAAAUUACCGGGAUGAAAGGCCAUAAGGAUCAAUUCCCGUCGGGCGAAUGGAUAGAUAUGUACGACGUCACAGCGGUUGGCCAAAAGCUUGUGUUCAAAUUUGCGACUGCAACUGUAACGUACGAUAGAGCGCUGUUUGAGGAGGUUAAGACUUGCAAAGAUGGUCCUGCUAUUGCUAUUGCUGAUCACUCUAACGAACUCAUCUCUAACGAACUCAUCUCUAACGAACUCAUCUCUCAGCUUCCAAUCAGUGCAGAAUAAGUUGGUGAUCAUAAUGUUGAGGUUGCAUCAGAUCAACAUCGAUGUUUUGAGACUUUUGAAGUUGGGAAGUCUGGGGACAAUAGCUUUUUUCAUGUGUGUUGUAUGAAUAAACUUCAGGUUAUGAACCUGUUUCGUUUUAAGAUUUCGGUUGUGUUGUAUGAAUGAAGUUUUGGUUACGAACGUGUUUCGUUUUCAAAUUUGAUGAGAAAUAAUAUGACGUGGUAUUAAAAUCAUUUAUUA